GAGCGCAGUGUAGACGAUGGUACAGCGCUGCCGCUAGCGGCUGCGGCUGCGGAUUACGCAACCGGGUCAAAAAAAAUGGCCACUCCCUCACCGCCACGUCUCCUCCCCUACCCCGCCAUGCUCCUCUCCCCCAUGCCUAUCCUCUUCCUCGCCGCCGGUCCGCUCGCCGCCGUUCACUUCCCCUCCCGCUGCCGCCUCCGCCUCCGUUUCGCCCACGCCGUCGCUGCUGCUGCCGCCGCUGCCACCACUCCGGAGAACAACUUCGCCGUCGAGGACUACCUCAUCGCCAACUGCCACCUCACUCAGCCGCAAGCCCUCAAGGCCUCCAAGAACCUCGCCCACCUCAAGUCCCCCGCCAACGCCGACGCCGUGCUCGCAUUCCUCGACGCCCUCGGCUUCUCCCCCAAGGAGGUGGCCGCCGCCGUCGCCUCCAACCCGCGCAUCCUCUGCGCCCGCAUCGAGCGCUCCCUCGCGCCCAUCUCCGCGGAGCUCCGCGCCCUAGGCCUCUCCCACUCCCAGAUCGCCCGCCUCGCCAAGAUCGCCGGCCGCUACUUCCUUUGCCGCAGCUUCGUCUCCAAGGUCCAGUUCUGGCUCCCCCUCUUCGGCUCCCCAGAGAGGCUCCUCCAGGCCAGCGACUGGAACUACUGGCUCCUCACCUCCGAUCUCGAGAAGGUGGUCGAGCCCAACGUCGCCUUCUUCAAGCAAUGCGGCCUAAGUGCUUGUGACAUUUCCAAGCUGCUCGUGGCCGCGCCGCGCCUGGUCACCAUGCACCCGGAGUACGUCCAGGACUCCGUGCGGCGGGCCAUCCAGCUCGGCGUGUCCCCGGGCUCGCAGAUGUUCCGCCACGCCAUCUCCACCGCCGGCUGCAUCGGCCCGGAGAAGGUGGACGCCAAGAUCGCCGUCCUCAGGGAGACGCUCGGGUGGUCGCAGGAGGAGGUGAGCCUGGCCAUCAGCAAGGCGCCCAGGAUCCUGGUCGCCUCCCAAGAGAGGCUCCGCCGCAACGCCAACUUCCUUGUCAACGAGGUCGGCUUGGCGCCGCAGUACAUCGCGCGCCGGUCGGUGCUGCUCAUGUACAGCCUCGAGAGGAGGCUCAGGCCCCGGCAUCUCGUGGUGAAGCUUCUCAAGAACAGAAGGCUGAUCGAGCAAGACCGGUGCUUCUUCAACGUGGUGGCGCCGACGGAAGACAAGUUCUUGGAGAAGUUCGUUGCCCCCUUCGAGGAUUGCAUCCCGGGCCUCGCCGAUGCGUACGACUCUGCUUGUGCCGGCGACCACUGAACAGUGACUACAACAAGAUCCUGGAGGCCCGCGUGCGUAGGUAGGUGUGUAUACUCUCCACUGUACAACCUCAUUCUACUGAUGAACAAUAGCAGAUCCCCAUGGCCAUUUAGUGUAGAUUCAUUACAGCCAACCACAGCGAGGUGGAUGUUUAUACUCUGAACUUGGAAGUGUUCAUUACUGAUUGAACAUUGGGUUUGGUAUACAAUUCUGAAAAAAAAAGUAGCAUGUCUUCUUUUUAA